UCUCCAUAUUUUUGGUCUUUUUUCAGAGAGAAAAUAUGGCAUCCAAUUACCAAUCUUUAUAUGGUGAGAGUUGUGGUCGAUAUCCUUAUAUCGGCAGAAAAUCCGUAGGAGAAGAGGAUAUUAGCGUUGACUUCAGCUAUCAAUUUGUGAAGAAAAGACACGUUAAAAUCCACUCUAAUCUCAGUGUAUUUUAUACGGCCCCUGACAUAAUUGGACCACCCAAAUUUUCAAACUAUGGAGAACCAUUUCAGAAAUUGAAUGGAUGGAAUAGUGAUAUCAACAUUUCAAUAACUCCGUGGCAAUACGAAGAAUCCAUGACAACUUAUCAUAGAAUACUACUUCCGCCACGGGAUCAACCGAUCGGACAUAAUUACAUUGAUAUCGAAUUUCAUGAAGCUGUAUAUCCAAUCAGAGUUUCUAUAUACGAAAUGUCACGAAACAAUCCUGGAGACGUAAUUCAAAUUUUGGCUCAAGAUGAUUCUAAUAAUAAGUGGUUUAAAUUGUGGGGAACUGAUUAUAAGUCUGAGAUUGAUCUUCAACAACAAUUGGCAACUGAAACUGAUUAUAAGUCUGAGAUUGUACCUCCGACAUCAAGAUUAUUUUCUCCACCCUUAUCACACCCGCGUGACUUUAAAACAAAAAUGCUAAGAUUAUUUUUUAAAGACAGAUAUACAGAUUUCCAUGAAAUACCUCUUUACACAAAGCUAGAUGCUGUGAUGCUUAUCGGUACAUCAAAGUUGGUUCGUCCUAAAAAUUAUGACAAGAGUUUAACUAAUCUGUUAAAGGAAAUUAAUUGCAUGUACUUUUCACACCAUGAGAAUAUUCAUAAUUUAACAGCAGAUUUCAAAAAUGCACAUUUGGAUAUAGAUUAUUUGCAACGACAUUUUUCUGAAUAUUGCAUUAUAAUGGAAUAUUGUAAGAAUGGAAGCUACAUAAGAAGGGUUUCUAAGGGGAGUAUUUUGAGAGAGAAUUUGAUGCACAAAAAUGUAUCUCUGGAGGUAAUUCGUCAUUCGAAUUGUGCAAAACGUAUAAAACUCUCUUCGGAUGAAUCCAAGGAGCUAUCACGUUGCAAUAUAUUUGACCUUCCUGAUGAAAUACUACUAAUAAUAUUAAAAAACUUGGAUCUGAUGACGUUAUGCCGCUUGAAUCGUGUAAAUAAACGCUUCAAUUAUUUGAUACGAGAUCCUCGACUCUAUACACGUUUGAAUAUACACUGUUCACCUUUCGCAAAGUAUUCUGUGAAUUUUCGGUUAGAUAUGGCAGAACGCGAUAUGAGCAAUAUAUUUUGUUACUUUACAUCUAGAUGUAAAUAUUUGCAGCAGUUAGAUCUUACAAAAAGCAUAUUUAGUGUUGAGGAUUUUAAUAACUUCCUUGAUAAUUGUGGCAGACGUUUGACGCACUUAAGAUUAGGAUACUGCCGUUCUAUCAAUAAUCUUGCCCUACUCAAAAUUUCAGAGAUAUGUGUAAAUUUGAAAGAAUUGAAUCUAGAUUAUUGUCAUCGCAUAGACGACGAAGGAUUUUCGUAUCUAGAGAAAUUAAAUGGUUUGGAACAUUUAAACCUUUGUAAUGCACAUGCCUUAAAAGCUGAAUGCCUUUACAAAAUACUGCAAAAAAAUCAACGGAUGCGUGAGGUCAAUCUUGAAAAUUCACUCUAUAUGAGAACUACACCUGCAACACAGCUGUAUAAAUUUAUAAAUUUGUGUCCUAACUUGGAAGUAAUACGUUUAGAGGACCGUAUUCUUACAUCGCAGGAUUAUGACGUUCUCGUUGACUGUAAAAAUUUACGAAAAGUGUACCUUCCCCGCCAGUAUACCUUGUUGUUGUUAGACAAUAGGAAAGAAUAUAAACCGCAUCAGCAGUUUGCGCAGGUGUUAGUCAGAAUAGUGCAGGAGAGUUUGGUCUUGUUUCAUAUUCAAUUUGAAUUUUACAUCUGA